AUGAAAUUCAAAAACCACACAGAUGUUUUAGAAUUUAUUCUUGUGGGACUGAUGGAUGAUCCAGAGCUGCAGCCUUUCAUCUUCAGCCUGUUCCUGUGCAUGUAUAUGGUCACAAUUUUGGGAAACCUGCUCAUCAUCCUGGCUGUGAGCUCUGACUCCCAUCUCCACACCCCCAUGUACUUCUUCCUCUCUAGCCUCUCCUUCACUGAUAUUUGCAUAAGCACCACCACAAUCCCAAAGAUGCUGGUGAAUGUCCAAUCACAGGACUAUAGCAUCACUUACACAGGCUGCCUCAUUCAGAUCCCCUUUUCAUUGACUUUUAUUGGUUUAGAAAAUUGUCUCCUUGCGGUGAUGGCCUAUGACCGCUAUGUGGCCAUUUGUCAGCCGCUGAGGUAUAGGAUCAUCCUAAGUCCUUAUUUCUGUGUCCUGCUAGUUCUUCUCUCCCUGCUCAUUAGCACUCUGCAUGCCCUGCUCCACACUCUGAUGGUGCUGCAGCUGUAUUUUUGCACAAACAUGGAAAUCCCUCACUUCUUCUGUGAACUUGCUCAGAUCAUCAAGCUGGCAUGUUCCAAUAACUUCAUAAAUACCUUUCUGAUAUAUUCAGCGGGAAAUGUAUUUUUUGGUGUUCCCAUUGUUGGAAUUAUUUUCUCUUACACUAAAAUUGUCAUCUCUAUUUUGAGAAUAUCAUCCAUUGGUGGAAGGUAUAAGGCUUUUUCCACCUGUGGGUCUCACCUCUUUGUUGUUUCCUUAUUUUAUGGGUCAGGUCUUGGUGUGUACUUGAGUUCUGCCUUUACUAAGUCUUCUGCUAAGAAUGCAGUGGCUUCAGUGAUGUACGUUGUGAUCCCUCAAAUGAUUAAUCCCUUUAUCUACAGUUUGAGGAACAGAGAGAUGAAGAUAGCUCUGAGGCAUCUCAUUAGUGGGAAGCCAUUAGUAUGCUUGUGUCAUUGUAUUUGA